CAGUGCAUGUCGACAUAGACGACGAUGACGACGACUGUUGGAUCACAGGCCCUCAAGUGGUCUCUCAAAUAAAACACACUCACAAGUAUAUAUGUAUACAAAAAGCAAAUAUGGAGAGAUGGAAGUAUUUUGGACUCAAAGCUGCUGUACACUAACUUCACAUAUUCAGAAAACAAAGGCUAUAUGUAUAGCCUGUAGUACAUAUCCAAUGGAAACAAACUAAAACAGUCUACAACCUAGCUAACUACUCCUUAAGACUAGGAUGCUUUAAAGACCAAGUAUACCCACGUGCACUUCUAAUGAACUAGUCAAACACCAUUUAUUUAAACUAAAUAAAUCAAACAAAUACUAACCAUUAACCCAUACCCAUAUCCAUAUCCUGAAUCAAGAUUACCCAACAACGACCACGAUGGUAUGAUGGAUGAUGCGCCAUCAGUUAAAGAUUUCGACGAGUCAUUCUUAAAGAAAUUCUGCAAAAAGGCAUCGACCUCAUUUUUCAAACACUAUGGUCUUAUAAGUAACCAGAUCAACUCAUACAAUGAUUUCACCAACGUUGGAAUUCAAAAUGUUUUCGAUUCCAUCGGUGACAUCAUGGUUGAGCCUGGUUUUGAUCCCUCAAAAAAGCGUGAUAAUGAAUGGAGAUACGCUUCAAUAAAGUUCGGGAAGGUGACUCUUGAGCGACCACGGUAUAUUGCUGCCGAGGGUGGUGAUGAAUCCGUCGUGUACUUACCAAGACAUGCUCGUCUUCAGAAUAUGACCUACUCAUCCAGAAUGCAAGUUCAGUUCAAAUUACAGGUGUAUACCCAAGAGCUUGCAAGAAGUGACAAGUUCAAAACCGGUAAGGAGACGUAUGUAGAGAAGAAGAUACUUGAAAAUGAGCCUGAGGAGGGCGAAUUAUAUUGGGAGGAUUCCGGUGAUGAUCAAUUCUGAUACGUGUUGGAUGAGUGGAGUUGAGAAAGAUGACUGUGAUUAUGACCAAGGAGGCCAUUUCAUUAUCAAGGGGGCUAAGAAGGUGACAUCAUAUAUGUACUUUCUCCUAGUUUAUUUCUAUUGACACAUGAUGGAUUGAUGAGUUGUUAUGGACUCUAAAAUAAUCUGCAAAAUCAUUCACUUUGUUACUAAUUCAAUUAA